UCCUCUUCUUUGGACUGGAAACAGCUUAUGGCUGAUGAUCCUGAUUUUCUUAGUGCUGAGACGAGGUCACCUAUGAAGUACUUUACGGGGGAGAUUUAUGGUGGGGUCUCGUUACGGAGCACAGUUGCUUCUGGGAAUGAUGUUGAACGGGAGAGGAUAUAUGAUAUGAUCUUCCGCUUGCCUUGGCGAUGCGAAGUGCUUCUACACACUGGCUUUUUUGUCUGCGUCAACUCAUUUCUGUCAUUGUUGACUGUCAUGCCAAUAAGAGUCCUGCUGACAUUCUGGGAUGCUUUUAAGAACAGGCAGCUCAGGAGGCCUUCCUCAUCGGAGCUGUCUGAUCUUGCUUGUUUUCUUGUUUUGGCUUCUGGUACCAUUCUUCUUGGCAGAACAGAUAUCAGCUUAAUUUACCAUAUGAUUCGUGGUCAAAGUACCAUAAAACUAUAUGUGGUUUAUAAUAUCUUAGAGAUAUUUGAUAGACUCUGUCAAAGCUUUUGUGGAGAUGUAUUUGGGGCUCUGUUCAGUUCCGCAGCGGGACUGGCUGUUUCCCCUCCUGAGAUUGUAAAUUGUAAAUUUUUUAUCUUAUUUUUGAUAUUGUGUUUUUUAUAGAAGCAUAAUUAUAAAAAAAGCAUAAUUCAAACAAAAAUUGUAAAUUUUUGACGUGUUUUUAAAUAAGAUAUUUUAGAAGCGUUUUAGAAGUGAGAUUAUGUAAGUUCCCAUAGGAUUCCGAAUUAAUAAUUCCGGUGGGAUGCGGACGUCCGAUGAAGUUCCGGUGCAAUUCUAGAAACAAGCCUAUAUUUCAUUAGUUUUAAGUUUCCCCCCCGACUAUUUUAUUGUAGGUAUAGUUUUACAUAGCUACCCGAAACAAAAAAAAAAUAUUUUGAAAAUCAUUAAAUUUAAACCUUUUUCCAAUAAAAA